GUACAGGCAGAGUGGCAAGAUGGAAACACAGCAGGCCUGAAACCCACAGCUCAUUGUCUCUGGUUUGUUUUGCAGUUGGUGUAUCCUUAUGACUUCAGGUUGACGGAAAAAGAGAAAACCAGCAUUUGCUACUUAUCCUUCCCGGACUCCUACUCAGGCGGCCUAGGGGAUACCCAGUUUAGCUUCCGCCUUCGUCAGUCGGGGGGGCAGAGGACCACUCAUUUGGGGGAUGAUGGCGAGUAUAACAGAGAAGCCCCCCUAACACUACAGCGAGAGACAGCUCAUUACUUUGGCUACGUGUACUUCAGGCAAGUCAAGGACAGCUCAAUGAAGAGAGGUUAUUUUCAGAAGUCUCUAGUGCUGGUGUCGCGCCUGCCCUACGUGAACCUGUUCCAGUCGCUGCUGCAGCUGAUUGCUCCGGAGUACUUCGACAAGCUGGAGCCGUGCUUGGAGGCAGUGUGCAAUGAAAUUGAUCAGUGGCCUGGGCCAGCGCCAGGACAGACUUUGAACCUUCCAGUCAUGGGAGUGGUCAUUCAGGUGAGAAUCCCAUCUCGGGUGGAUAAACCUGGAUCGAGCCCUGUGAAGCAGUUCAAUCAGGAGAAUCUGUUACCGGCCCCAUUAGUUCUGCCCACCAUUCAUGAACUAGAUCUCUUCAGAUGCUUUCAGCCACUGCUGAUUCACAUCCAGAUGCUGUGGGAGCUGAUGCUACUGGGGGAGCCAGUUGUUGUAAUGGCACCAUCUCCUACUGUUUCCUCAGAAAUCGUUCUGGCCCUUACCAGCUGUCUGGCUCCUCUAAAAUAUUGCUGUGACUACCGCCCAUAUUUCACCAUCCAUGACAGUGAGUUUAGGGAGUACACCACCAGGACACAAGCCCCGCCAAACAUCGUCGUGGGAGUAACAAAUCCUUUCUUUAUCAAAACACUACAGCACUGGCCACACAUCCUUCGGGUUGGAGAGCUCAAAAUGUCAGGCGACUUACCCAAGCAAGUCAAGGUGAAGAAACUAGCCAAACUGAAAACUCUGGACACUAAGCCGGGAAUCUACACGUCUUACAAGACUUUUCUGCACAAAGACAAAACUCUGAUAAAGAGGCUGUUGAAGGGGAUUCAGAGGAAGCGCCCAUCAGAAGUCCAGAGCGCCCUUCUGAGGCGUCAUCUCUUGGAGCUGACCCAGAGUUUCAUCAUCCCCCUGGAGCACUACAUCGCCAGCCUGAUGCCUCUGCAGAGGGCCAUCACACCGUGGAAGAAUCCUCCCCAAAUCCGGCCUUUCCGACAGGAAGAUUUCAUGAAGACCCUUGAGCAUGCUGGUCCCCAGCUCACCUGUGUCCUGAAGGGGGACUGGUUAGGUCUCUAUCGGCGUUUCUUCAAGUCUCCCAACUUCGAUGGCUGGUACCGUCAGAGGCACAAGGAGAUGACCCAGAAGCUGGAGGCUCUGCACUUGGAGGCCAUCUGCGAGGCGAACAUCGUGGCGUGGAUGAAAGACAAGUCAGAGGUGGAGAUUGUGGACCUGGUUCUGAAGCUGCGUGAGAAGCUGGUGAGAGCCAGGUGCCAUCACCUCCCUGUGAAGGAGGAAACGCUGCAGCGGGUGGGCCUCUACAUUGAGACCAUCAUCGGCUCCUUGCCUGAGGACCUCCAGACAGUGCUGCACCACCCGUAAGCCCAGGCACCAGGACUCUGCAGGGAGGAAAGGACCCCACUGAGAGCUGUGGGCAGCUGCUGCUAGGCUCGGUAAGCGAGCAGUUUUCAAAAGCCAGCUAGUGCCACUGACCUGGACUCUGCCCGCUACUGCGUGCAGGUUUAAGUGCAGAGUGCGAGGGCUGGGACUGAUGGGACCGCACAAGCCUUUAUGAGCGCAGCAUUUCCUGGCCACUCCUGCUCCCCCCAAGAAGCCAGAGUUGGGGUUUGGGGGGCCUCACAAUGCAGCCAGGCCAUCUGCAUUGCAGCAGGGCCGAGGGAAGGCAGCCAGGCUCCCAGCACCCUUUGCUAGACCGUGUAGACCAUACAUCUUGCUGACAACGUACCAUCCUUGUGAUCACGCUACUGCAUUAUCGCUGUCACCUCCAUUGUGCCCGCCGCCCUAGGGACGACCUGCUGCGGACAACGACCCGCCGGACACACCUGCAGUUCCAGCUUCCAGUGAGAGGCAGUGCCAGUCCCCUGCUAUGCCUGGUCCAUGGCAGCCGGGCUCUUCUGUAGCUGCGUGGACUUGGCCCAGUGUCUUGUGCAGAACUGAUGGCCUUGCUGCUGUCAAAAGCAGGACUGAAGGGAUGAGGACAGGGGUGAGUGCCUGGAGGAACAGGCUGUGCACUGCCCUUGCACAGCUCAGAUCAUCCCUCUCCUCUCUGCUCUUCUCACUGCUUCAGGAGCUGCGUUGUGAGACCUUGGCAUCCAGCGGCGCUUUGCUGUCGUCUAGUCUGGUGCAGUCACUGGACUGUAGCUUGUCUGUGUAGCGGGGACCUCCAGCCUGGCCCUGGCGGCAGGUGCCCUGGGGUUGUGCUCUGGGGAGGCAGAGGUGAACCCUGCCACCUUUCAUGGUGCCCUGUCCAUCUCUGCUCUCCAUUAGACUGUUUCUGAUGUGGGUUGGGGGAGCUGGCAAAGCACAAGCCUGCCUGCCCCCUCCUGGCAGCUUCCCUUCCGAAUCGGGACCCGGAGACACUGGAAGAAAGCAGAGCAGGGGCGUGGAGGCAGCUGCUUCUUCCUCUAGCCCUGUGCUCGCCUUCGGUUCUGCGGGGCUGCCCCUUCCACAGCUAGGCCAGGGCAGUGCUGUGUUGAAAUGACUCCUGUAUAGUAGUAAAGGGUAAUUUAAAAAAAAACCUG